CACACAUCCAUUUUAUUUUGUUGGAUGUCUGCUGUCUGUGUUUCAGCUCCUGAUGUGUCUGUAUUCAGCAGUGUAUCUGGACAUGAAGGUGGUAAUGUCAGUGUCCAGUGUUUCUACAGUUCUGGAUACAGGACAUUACAGAAACAGUGGUGCAGAUAUAAAGAUCAGAAGUGUUUCACAGAGAAGAAGACUGACACAUCCCAGAAUCCAUCAGUGCAGAUCAGUGAUAAUGGUGAAAGAUGCUUCACUGUGCUGAUGACUGGACUGAGACUCUCUGAUUCUGGAUGGUAUUUCUGCUCUGCUGGAGAUCGCAUCAUUCCUGUUCAACUCACUGUAACCACUUUAGAAUCAGUAAACAUUAACACAGAUUCAAAUAAUGAAGAUGGAGAUGAAGAACUUUCGCCCGUGUGGUUUUUAGCUUCAGCCCUAGUUCUUCUGAUUUCAUUUAUUGUGGUUGGUGUUUUUAUCUGGAUAUGGAGACAUAGACCAAUGCAAGAUGAACAUCAAUUAAAAGAGAGGAACACUAGUAGGACCACUGAUGAAAUCUCCUCUAAACAUGAUGAUCUUGCUGUAUACUGCUCUAUAAAUGAUGAAACCCCAUAUUCCAUUUCUCCACUGGAUCCCAACAAGAACAUGAUCUACAGUACUAUUGAUUAUAUUCCUGGGAGUGAAGCUAAGAGUCCAGCAGGAGGAGGUGUUUACUGCUCUGUGGGUCCACACUGAGAAAACACAGAUUUUACUGUCUAACAGCAAAUGAAUAACACGACUGCUUCUUUUAGCUUUAUUUUAUUUAAUGUUUAAGGGUGUGUUCACACUUGGCUGGUUUGAUGUAUGUAGUGUACCUGUCCUAUGCAACUCUUGCAUUUCUUUGUUUGGAGAGAGACUCUGAUUGGAGAUCUUCUCAUGACUCUGAAUAAAAUAUGUUCAAAAGUC